GACUACUGGUUAAUUGACAAAAAUGUCGCUGGUCGUGUCCCUCUUUCAAAUCCACGAUUUUUCACUGAAAUUUUUUUUUGACUAGUGAUUUUUCAAAUUGAACGAGUGAAAAUACAAAACUUAUUGGCUGGAGGUUGAAUACUAACUUAGACGUUUCUAACUUCACAUAUAUAUAACUUCACGCAUCAUGUCAUUAUUACGUCAAGUAGCCAGACCUGCUUUAAGGAUCUCUACCAGAAGAAUUGUUCCAGCCAUGGCUGUUCGUUAUAAUUCAAGUGCAGCAGCUCCAACUACUUCAUCAGUAGACCCAAAGAUUUCUGUUAUUGUUGAUCAAAUUUCUAAAUUGACAUUAUUAGAAACUUCUGCAUUAGUCACCGAAUUAAAGGAAAGAUUGAAUAUUCCAGACAUUUCAUUACCUGCUGGUGGUGCAGCAGCAGCUCCAGCCGCUCCAGUUGAAGAAGAAGUUAAAGAAGUUGUUGAAGAAAAGACUAUAUUCUCAGUUAAAUUAGAAUCAUUUGAUGCUAAAUCUAAACCAAAGAUCAUUAAAGAAGUUAAAGGUUUAUUAAGUUUAUCCUUAGUUGAAGCCAAGAAGUUUGUUGAAUCAGCUCCAAAGAUCUUGAAAGAAAAUGUUGCCAAAGAAGAUGCUGACAAGAUUAAAGCUACCUUAGAAGGUUUAGGUGCCAAGGUUUCAUUAGAAUAAAUGCAAUAACCGAUUAUCAUCAAUUAUUACUAUUUUGUAUUUAAUAAUCUAUCACUUUCACUAUCUAUAGUCACCCAAAUUCCACCCAAUCCUGUAUAUAUACGCUUCACUUUUGCUUUUACUUAUUUAACCUAUCCAUAUAUUAAACAUUAUAUAUGGUCAAUUCGUAGAACUAUUAAACUUAAACUUAAACUUAAACUAAGUAUUUCUCAUAACUAUUUUACAUUAUUCAAGUAAUCAUGUGACUUCAAUAGAGUUUAGCUAUUGCCGUGUUUAACUGUAAUGUUUUGAAAUCUUUACAGUUCGCAGUGGAAACAUAUAAACCUUUUCCUAAGAAAAUUUAUAUAGUACAAACAAACUGUGAUAACCCCAUA